AUGGAAUCAAUUAUUGGUAGGCACAGUCGGGAUGAAUCUUUGUCGCGUUCUUCUAUCGCUACUCCCACUGUUCUCGACGAUCAAGAGGAAAAUAGUGAACGUCCGUUCUCAUAUGUACAAUCAUUAAGAAGAGCCAGAGCUACCGUAUGGAGUGACCAGGGUCGUGCAAAACCGUUGCAGUCUGCAUCUUCAUGGAAGAGCUCAUCUCAAAACGGCAAAAAAGAUUCUAGUAAAGGAUUAGGUGGUAUGCGAUCUAGAGUCUUCUCAAGCCAACAUCAUGGUGUGUACCAUACUCGACCUGCUUCUUUAAAAUCUCGAACAAUGGCCCCUCAGCAUACCAUUCUAACACCAAGACUUUCUGCAACUGAAGGUAAAGACGAAGACGAAGAUGAUCCAGCUCUUUUCGCGGCUAAUACUACUCCCACUUACAUGUCCAUGAUUAAUUCUUCUCGCGCUAGCUCCACGCGUAGUGGCACUGCUCCAUCCGCACCUUCUAUCAUGGGCAUGUCUAUCCACUCUCAAGCCGAUACUACUCAGUCAGAUGGAUAUGAGUCCAGAAGUGGCUCACCAACUCAUGACAUCCAAUCUUACCUCGUCCAUCACAGUAGCGGUGAAGAAGACUCCGAUUGGGAAAGUGGUGAAGAAGGCGUGAAGCGUCUGGUAAUUACUAAUGUAGCUAAUGACUCUGAACUGGACAGUGAUUAA